CAGAGACAGUGAUUGGUUAUUUUAAAGCAGGAAGAGCUGCCGGCGUGCUAGGAUCUUACCUCUUCCUCCUUGCACUGGUGUCCCCAUCCUCUCCUUUCUCGUCUUCCCGCUUCUGCGCAGCCCGGCCCGGCCAGCAGCAGCCAGCCUGCCCCCUGAGUGUGUGUGUGAGUGUGCGUGUGUGUGUGUUUACCCCCUGCGAGCAGCAUGUCUGACUACGGCGCUUUGCCCACCAACGGGGCCGGUGCUGGGAUCAAAAAAGACGCUUUUGCAGAUGCUGUACAACGAGCCAGACAGAUUGCAGCAAAAAUCGGUGGAGAUGCUGUCCCUCCAAUGAGCAACAACGGAGGUGCGGAGAGCUACCCUUUCCCAGCACAGAAGCGGUCACUGGAGGAUGCAGAUCAACCAGAGGCAAAAAAGUUGGCAUCACAGAAUGACAGAGACUCUGCAAUGUCUAUUGGAGCUCAGUUGGCUGCCCUGUCCCAGCAGAGUGUCCGGCCCUCUGCAAUGACGGAAGAGUACAGGGUGCCUGAUGGCAUGGUCGGUCUCAUCAUCGGCAGAGGAGGUGAGCAGAUUAACAAGAUACAGCAGGAUUCUGGCUGCAAGGUCCAGAUUGCACCUGAUAGCGGGGGUCUUCCAGAAAGAAGUGUUUCUCUCACAGGGACAGCAGAUGCCAUACAGAAAGCUAAGAGGUUUCUGGAUGAGAUAGUGUCAAGGGGGCGUGGCACUCCACCCUCCUUCCACGAGUCGACCAACGGGCAGGCAGGUUCCAUGCAGGAGAUGAUCAUCCCUGCAGGGAAGGCUGGCCUCAUUAUUGGCAAAGGAGGAGAGACUAUCAAACAGCUACAGGAGCGAGCCGGGGUGAAGAUGAUCCUGAUCCAAGACGGCUCCCAGCCACCUAACAUAGAUAAACCACUACGCAUCAUCGGGGACCCUUACAAAGUGCAGCAAGCAAAGGAGAUGGUCAAUGAGAUUCUACGAGAGAGGGAUCACGCAGGUUUUGGAGAAAGGAACGAAUAUGGAUCGAGGAUGGGAGGAGGUGGUGGAGGCAUUGAUGUUCCUGUGCCCCGCCACUCUGUGGGGGUUGUGAUUGGCCGGAACGGGGAAAUGAUCAAGAAGAUCCAGAACGACGCUGGAGUGAGAAUACAGUUUAAACCAGAUGAUGGUGUCGGUCCUGAAAAGAUUGCUCAUGUUAUGGGUCCACCGGACAGAUGCGAACAUGCCGUCUCCAUCAUCAAUGACCUGCUACAAAGCAUUCGGGCCCGAGAGGAGGGUGGGCAGGGGGGCCCCCCAGGUCCUCCUGGCACAGGGAUGCCACCUGGUGGGCGAGGUCGAGGUCGAGGCCAGGGGAGCUGGGGUCCUCCCGGAGGAGAGAUGACCUUCUCUAUCCCUGCUCAUAAAUGUGGGCUGGUGAUUGGCAGAGGUGGGGAGAAUGUCAAGGCCAUCAACCAACAGACGGGUGCAUUUGUGGAGAUAUCACAUCAGCCACCGCCAAACGGUGACCCAAACUUCAAACUGUUCACCAUCCGGGGGUCCCCACAACAAAUUGACCACGCAAAGCAGCUUAUAGAAGACAAGAUAGAGGGUCCACUGUGUCCCGUGGGCCCUGGUCCCGGAGGUCCAGGAGGACCAGGUGGGCCAAUGGGUCCCUACAAUCCCAAUCCUUACAAUGCAGGGCCUCCUGGUGGCCCACCCCAUGGCACCCCCCCUGGUGGUCACCAGUACACUCCUCAGGAUUGGGGAAACACAUACCAGCAGUGGCAAAGCCCAGCUCCGCAUGACCCCAGUAAGGCAGCAGCAGACCACAGUGCAGCAUGGGCAGCCUACUAUGCACAGUACUACAACCAGCAGCCAGGAGGCGCUAUGCCAGGCCAGGCUCCAGGAACACCAGGAGGAGCACCAGGGGACCAGAGCCAAGCAGCACAGGCCCCUGGAGGCCAGCCAGACUACACCAAGGCUUGGGAGGAAUACUACAAGAAGAUGGGCAUGACCCAGCCAGGUGGUGGUGCGGCUGCAGCAGCCCCAGGCACAGCAGCACCAGCGGGAGCGCCAGCUGCAGCUGGAGGGCAGCAGGACUACAGCGCCGCCUGGGCUGAGUACUACAGACAGCAGGCUGCCUAUUACGGACAGGCAGGGCAGGCCCCUGGACAGGCACCCACGCCACAGCAGGGACAGGCUCAGUGAAUUUGAGCAGCUCCGUCUUCUGCCCGGGUGAUCUCUUGGAGGGCUGUGAUUGUUCUCUGGACUUAAGGUUCUGCCUUUGAUUUUUUUUUUUUUUUUUUUUUUUUUUUUUUUUUUUUUUAAAUUUUCUGUCAAGAGAUUCUCCGUUGGCUUUAAUCACGAAAUACCCUGAUUAUCUCAUCCAUCCAGGCCCUCGUCAUCCAUCCCCUACCUUCCAUUUUUAAUAUAAAAUCAAAAGUGAAGAAAAUAAAAAAACGGGACAUUUUGCUGAUUUAGUGAGGAAGCACCAAAUAACUAUUGGUUGCUGUUCACCGUACCUUGUCACUUUGUGUGAUGAAAGAAUUUUUUAAUGUGAAAGGGAAAAAAGCAGUUUUGCUUGCAAGCUGGCACAACCGCAUCUGUACAUGGACUCACAUUUAAAAGGCAUAAAGGCAUUUUUGUUGUUUUUCCUUCAGUUUCCCAAAGGUGAAACCUGUCAAGCAGUAUUUUGAUUAGUACAAAAUGGAUUGUGUUUGUAAAAAAAAAUGUAACUGAUUUUUUUUUUUUUUUGUCUUUGUGCUUUUUCUUAAAGCUUUUUUUUUUUUUUUUUUUUAACUUGAGUUCUUUUGAAGCAUUCCCAGUGUUUAAGUUGCCAAUGUUUUUCUCCCUGUAAAAACUUAAUUUUUACUUAUUUGUUUUUACAUUUUGUUUUACCCAUUUCAUGAAAGGGGCCAUAUGUAUCUGUCUGUAAACAGUGUGUGUGCUUCUGAACAGAAAAGCGUGUUGGCCAUCUUAAGGCACUAACUACCCACAGUAUGUUGGUCAUGUGUGUGUGUGUGUGUGUGUGUGUUUGUUAAAUCAUAUGGCUCUUUCUAUUCACAACUUUGUUGGAAGACCUCGGUUUAUUUUGUUCUGAUAGGUCAUGUUGAUUUUUCUUUUUGAUGUUAUUUUUUACUGCUUGUUUUUAAAUACUAAACAAUAAAAACAUUCAAAUAUA